AUCUGAACUAAAAUACUAUAAACAUUAUAAGACAAAAUGUAGAACAGUGUUUACCCGUCAAUUCCCUAUUGUAAAAGACUGAUCAGCUGUUUCAACUCCUUGGUAAAGCAAGGUAUAUAGCUAGCAAUUGGGAAGCAGAGACACCAUACUUGUAUGAACCAAUCAGUCUUCACCAUUCAGCACAGAAUAGAGCAAGUAUUUCUAAUAGAUCAAAUGAGGACUACUUCAAGAGAAGGACAGUGCAAAAUUGAAUAAUAUCAUACCAGGACUUCUUUUAUGAUUAAUUACAUUCACUGUCAAUAUAUAGACAUAGGAUGCCUGAUCUUGUAGGAUCUCACGCAACAGAUGAUAUCAAAUUAACAGAUUCGAUGCAAAAAAUAGCAAUUCUCAAAGUAUCAAUUAAAAUCAAGUUGUCUGUGAGUUUUAAAUUGAGUAAUGGAAUUUUGUACUAAAUGACGUAGCUGUAGGUUUAUUUAAUUGAGAUAUUUGACAUGGUUAACAUUACCUUUUAAAUUCAUAUUUAUAAAGACGUAUAUACUAUGAUUAGUGGCUUAAAAGAGCCUCCAAAUCAUAAUAUAAGACAUUAAGCCUGUCAGUGAUAAUAUGGAUGCUACGAAAAGGAUGGAUGAAUAUCAGGACUUUACGAACAUUUCUAAUAUGUUCUCAGACAUUCCGUUUCAUGAGAAGUUAAAUGAGAAUCCAAUGACGGCUUUUGCAAUCGGAAUAAUGGCAGCUAUUAUUCUCAUGGGUUCUUUUGGAAACCUUAUGGUUUUGAUAGCGUUCAAGACCAGUAAGAAACUUCAGACAAUUUCUAACGUGUUUGUGCUGAACCUGAGCAUUUGUGAUCUUGUUUUCACGCUCGGGGUGCUUCCUUUCAGCAUGUACACGUAUACCAUGGAUGGAUGGUACUUAACUGGAAACCUCUGCAAAUUCAUUGGUUUCCUUGGCUACACAUUAACAGGUACAACACUGAUCAACAUCGCCCUUAUUGCUUGGAAUCGUUACAAGCUGGUGACGGACUUGGCAGGCUACCAGAGGCUUUAUACACGUCGUAACAUAAUCCUUAUGUUAGUCGCUUGCUGGGUCUUGCCUGGAAUAUUCCUCAUACCAGCUCUACUGGAAAUCUGGGGAAAAUUUGGCUAUGUGGCGAUGAUGGUAACAUGUAACUUGUAUCUGACGCACGACAGUCAGUCGUUCAAGUUAUUUCUGUUGAUUAUAAGAGCCGUCAUCCCCUGUCUGCUAAUCAUUUAUUGUUACACCUUCAUUUAUCGUGUUACCCGUGAAAGCCAUCGACGCGUCUCACACACGAUGCUGAAUGCGAGAACUCUGAAUGCACACAAUCAGCGACAUGAGCGCCAUCUUACGAGAAUGAUGAUGGUUAUCUUUAUCGUGUUCGCCAUCUCUUAUUUUCCGUGUACAAUCAGCAGCAUAAUUGAUUGGAACACAGUGCUGUCGAAAACGUACCACAUGUACUGCCAGAUUACGGUAUACAUCGGUAGUUCCGUAAAUCCACUAAUAUAUGGCUUAAUGAAUGAACAAUACCAGGAGGCAUACUUAAACAUACUCCGAUGCCGUAAAACUCCUGAGAACCGGAAAAAGGGUAGUCAGAAAAGAAAUGAGAAAAUCUACAUAAAACUCGCAGAAGCCAUCAUAGAAGAGAAAGAAACGUCUUCUCAGCGAGAAUACCAAAGAAAUGAGGGUAAUUUAGAGGAAAGCAGGAGUGAACAGACACCAGAAAGAAGUCCGAGUAUGAUUUCCAGAAAUGAGAAAACUGGAAUAACAAGUGUAGCAAGCACAACAUCCAUGUCUAGUACAAGGACUCAAUCUAGUAUAUGUUAAUAGACUGAGAUCCAAGUUCUAAUAAAUAAAUCAAAAACACUUUUUAACAUGAAGUCAAGGAAAUAGGCUCUGAACAAUGAACGUCUACUUCAUAGACACUGGGUUCAACAUCAUGACUUUUAUAAGCCAAAUAGCCCCAGUUGUUUCUGUGUUGCCAUAAUCAUCUGUAAAUUACAAGAUGAUGAAUGCCUCGAUGAAUUCAGCUUUCCAUCCUUCAUUGAUUUCAUGAAUUUAAUGUCUUAGUGAUUUUAUGUAAACUAUUGUGUGUUCUUUGUAUUUCACAGAUUAUGCUUCAUUAGAUGUUUAACUAGAGAAUGAAAGCAGUUAAAAUGUAUAUUUUUGCACAAAUAAAUGUGAC